GAAGUUAGUGAUUGGGCUUCCCUAAAAUGCUUGACUGUACUUUUUGUGCACAUCAUUUGUGGAUUGUAUUCUCUAAUACAAUGUUUGUUGAGGAUUUAUCAAAAUAUUACCUGUGAAUUUGGAUUACGCUAAAUUGGAGUACAUAGUACGAAGGAUUAUAUGCAACUUUGUAAAAACCAGACACUUUCCAAAUGGUUGUUAAGCAGCAGGUUCAGUCUCCAGAGCAGUCUGAAUCGGGUCAGCCAGCAUUGUCCAGCUUUAUAGUUCCACCUGACUUAACAAGAGAAAACAUGUGGCAUCGUCCCUAUAACGUGGCACCACAAAACAACUUUUCUGCUCCUGAACAACAACAGCACGUUUCAUGGAACGCUCUAUCGUCAUGUCGUAUUGAGUGGUUUAAUGAUAGGAAUCCGCCACCCCCUCCUCAACAUGGAGUCAAGCACCCAAAAAAGAAACCUACAUCUAGUGCAGAAGAAAUUGGAUUUUAUCAUCGACAUCCCGCAAAGCGUGCUUGGAAUGAUGGCGGACAACGUAACUGGACUCCAAUACAAAAUAAUGACCAGAAUGAUGAAAAUGAUUCUACUUCAGGGUUGCUAACAUUAAGCAAUGGUGUUGAUUCUUUAAAUCUCGGUGUUGCUGAUCACAGCGACGUUGCAUCUCAUCGACAUUCAUUUAAUUUACAUCAACCUGGCAGCAAAAAUCCGUUCGCUGAUAUACUAGAAGGACAACGAAGAAAAGAGGAAGGGUGCCGAGAGUGUCACAGACUUCAGUCUUCUUCUUCAUCUCAUCAUCAUUUUCAUUCUCAUCAUCACAAUAGCACGAGCAAUCAUCACCACCCAUUACAAAUGGCACAAGGAGGUACGGGACAGGAAGCACAAGGAAACUUGUAUGACCAACAACAACAGCAACAGGAACAGAUGUCCAGGAUUCCCAUGUCAUUUCGUGAUUCAUCCAACGCUCCCAUGAGAAAACUCUCAGUCGAUUUGAUCAAGACAUAUAAGCACAUUAAUGAGGUAUACUAUGCAAAAAAGAAGAAACGAGCACAACAAGCAGCUGCAGCAGCGGCAGCGGCUGUAGACAACAGAUCUAGAGAACCAAGAGUUUAUAAUGAAGGAUAUGAUGAUGAUAAUUACGAUUACAUCAUCAAAAAUGGUGAAAAAUGGAACGAUAGAUAUGAAAUUGAUUCUUUGAUUGGAAAAGGUUCAUUUGGUCAGGUGGCAAAAGCAUACGACCAUGAAGAACAAGAAUGUGUCGCGAUCAAAAUUAUUAAAAAUAAAAAAGCAUUUUAUAAGCAAGCACUUAUUGAAGUGAGGUUGCUUGAACUCAUGAAUCGAUACGACUCUGAAAAUAAAUAUUAUAUUGUCCGAUUAAAACGGCAUUUUCAAUUCCGAAAUCAUCUAUGUCUCGUCUUUGAAUUGUUAUCAUAUAACUUGUACGACUUAUUACGAAACACAAAUUUUCGAGGAGUUUCGCUGAAUUUAACAAGAAAAUUUGCACAGCAGCUCUGCACGGCUCUGUUAUUUUUGUCGACUCCCGAAAUCAAUAUAAUUCACUGCGAUUUAAAACCGGAAAAUAUUCUCUUAUGUAAUCCAAAACGAAGUGCCAUAAAAAUAGUCGACUUUGGAAGUUCUUGUCGACUUGGCGAAAGGAUAUACCAAUAUAUUCAAUCAAGAUUCUAUCGAUCACCAGAAGUUUUGCUGGGCAUUCCAUACGACAUGGCGAUAGAUAUGUGGUCUCUCGGUUGUAUUUUAGUUGAAAUGCACACGGGAGAACCAUUGUUUGCUGGUUCUAAUGAGGAGGAUCAAAUGAACAAAAUAAUAGAAGUUUUAGGAAUGCCACCUGCACAUAUGCUUGAAAAUGGUUCGCAACAAAAAGUCCGAAAAAUAUUUGAAAGAUUACCAGACGGUACAUGGAGAGUACGAAGACAUAAAGACAAAAAAUAUCGAGAACCAGGGUCACGUAAACUGCAUGAUGUCUUGGGUGUUGAGACUGGCGGCCCAGGCGGCAGAAGGUUGGGAGAAGCAGGUCACACAGAGCAAGAUUAUUUGAAAUUUAAAGAUUUAAUCCAUCGCAUGCUUGCCUUCGAUCCGAAAGAGCGAUUGACCCCGUUCUUUUCUCUCCAACAUAGUUUUUUUAAGAAAACCGCAGACGGUUCAACAAAUACAAGCACGAGUCCCGCACAAGAUUUGAGCAGCUCCUCCGCAGGAAGCAGUUCCUCAGGAGGUCGCGCUAGAUCUGACCCUGGCGUACAACAGGCUACAUACUCAACUACUGCGGAAGUUUACACAGCGGAUGCACCUGUGACAUAUGCAUCACCAGCUGGCUAUGGAACUGCUACCUAUAUGUCUCCGUCCACAACACAAGUUGCAGGCAAAGUUGGGUUGUCAACAAAUGUCAAGUCACCGUCAUCAAGUGGAGGAGGUUUUUCAUCUAUUCACCCCAUGACUGAGUCUGCAUCACCUCGACAUACUAACAGAGGAAGUAGUUUGCAACAGCAACAGACAUUGAUUACAAAUGCAGCACCGAUUCUUGAUGCAAUACCACAUCAAUUAUUAACGACUGGCGUGUUUCCACCUGGCCAACAGUAUUCGACUGGUGGUGUUUUGGGACCCUUGGGCAGCAUCACCCACCAGCCUGGAUUUGGGGGAAUAAAUCCUCCCAGUUUUGCUGUUAACCAAUAUGGGGGCGAUUCACCCCCACCUGAAAGUAUGUCUCCUUAUUAUCAAGGGGGUUCUGGUGACAUGCCCCCACUGGGUGUGGCCUUGCAACAGCAUCCAUCUUUACCCCCAUAUCAAAUGCUUGGAAUGCAAGCGUCUGGUCUUGCAAUGGGUUACGUUGGACAAGGAACUGGUAUGAUGGGUGCUAAUCUGGGUGGAGUUGGACACCCACCCAUGGGGCCAUACCAUUCACAUCAUUCUAGUACAAGCAGAUCGCACUCUCAGCAGGACUCGCCUAUGACGGGAGUGCAAAUGCAACAAUCACCAGUGCCAUCUUCGUGACAGAUCGCAAGAUAAUGGCGUGAAUGAGCGCCUUUUUCUAAAAAAUGUCGCAAGCGAGCAUAUCACUGGUUUACCAGUUGCUGAGUUGAGGAAGCUGUAGUCCUUCCAGUUGGACUGGACAAGUAACGUUUGCCAACAUGAUCUUGCCAGAGUGCCAAACACAUGGUGAUGAGAGACCUCAUACCUGCGAUGCAGGCAACAAUGAAGGCUUAAGACUGGUUUGGUCCGAGUGUGGACAAUAAAAAAGUUCUGUCAUGAAAAUGGCAUGACCUUGGUGUUCUAAGCUUUAUUGUUAUUAAUAGUGCGAGUGCGGGUUUUAGCACAGUUUGUGAGAUGCUUUUAACUUUACAUUUCAAAAUUGAGUGUGGUAUCAUACUCUCUAAGUUUUAACAUUAUUUGCUCAUAAAUGUUGGUAUUUUUGACUGUUUACUUGAGGUUUUUGGAAGAUGUAAGUAAAAAAAUUGUAUAGUUGCUGCAAGCAGUUUGAUGAUCUUAUCCUGAUAAGGGUAUUGAAUUCUGUUUAAUUACAAUUCUUUCUCAAACUGAAGAAGCAACUGUGUUUGUCUAAAAUCCGGUAAAAUCAUAUAAAUAAAAAAGCCAAUGCUAGACAAAUUUGAUACUUUUCAUCUUGUUUAUUAUGAUACAUAUCGAUAAAGUGAAAUUUUUUCCAAAUCUUGGGGUGCUGAUUAGUCACGUGAAAGGAAAGAUAAUAUGCUCAGUUAUAGCUUUGAACGGAGUUAAAAAACUAGAACAUUGCAAUGUUUGAUAACUUGAUUGGUGCUUUUAUUAGAGCUGUUUUCUGGCUCUUGUUUUGUUUGUGUUUUCUCACCAAUUGUUUAUUAUCCAACAUCUUGGGAUAUGUCUUGUCUCAAGACUGUUUUGUGAUAAAUUUUUGGCUUAUUGGUCUAUUUCUCUUCAUUAUUUAUUUCAUUUUUAUUUCUAUUCGAGUAUCUGCGCUUGUCACAAUAUGUGGCACUUGAUAUAUUCUACAAAGGCGGGUAUGUCCAGCAUAUGAAUUUUCCUUGCAGCUCAUCUACAAAAAAUAACACAAAAGAUUGGCACCUGAUCUUCACACUAUUUAGUGUAUUAAUGCUGAACCAGGCAAAUAUUUUCUUUCGGGUCAGUGUUCACUUUCAAUAUUUCAGUUCACACAACCGUUUCAUCUUGAAAAUGCGUUCUUGUUACCUAACCGUUAUUGAUGGGAUGUGUUUGAAUACAAUAUGUCCUUGAUGCA